UUUCAUCUGGUAAAUAUAACACUUUUACUACUUUCAUCUGGUAAAUAUAACCCUAUAACUACUUUCAUCUGGUAAAUAUAACACUUUUACUACUUUCAUCUGGUAAAUAUAACACUUUUACUACUUUCAUCUGGUGAAUAUAACACUUUAACUACUUUUAUCUGGUAAAUAUAACACUUUUACUACUUUCAUCUGGUAAAUAUAACACUUUUACUACUUUCAUCUGGUAAAUAUAACACUUUUACUACUUUCAUCUGGUAAAUAUAACACUUUAACUACUUUCAUCUGGUAAAUAUAACACUUUAACUACUUUCAUCUGGUAACACUGUUAGAUGUUUCGACUGCCGAUGAGCAGAUCUGUGAAGUGUUUGUUGACACUCGUGAUGUGUUCAGGUUCUGUGGGAACUAUGGCGUCUGGACUCCUGGAGCCUCCUGCAGGAGGAGAGCAGCUCUGUGUGUUCCUGCUGAGGGAGGAGGAGGAGCAGGAGAGGAGGAAGGAGGUGGGCUGUCAGUGGGAGAGUCCGGAGGAGCAGAGGAGGGAGGUGGGCUGUCAGAGCGACUCAGCCGAGAGGAGAGACGCUGCCGUCCAGGUGGACCUGCUGACUCAGCAGCUGGGCUGGAGACACACAGGCUCGUCUGAGAUGCUGCUGCAGUGUUUCGCCGUCAGACCGGACGGACCGGACGGCGGCGCUCUGCUGCAGCACUGCACCACCACCCGCACCAGAACCAGACCCACCAAACCCCCCCAGACCACAACCAGACCCACCAAACCCCCCCAGACCACAACCAGACCCACCAGACCCCCCCAGACCAGAGCCAGGUCCCACAGGCGGCCGCCCCUUCACAGGGCCAACACCGACAAGCCAAGUCUGACUCAACGCCGCCGCCGCCGAAAGUCCCCGGGUUCUGACUGCCAGCAAGAGGAGGAGGAGCAGGAGGAGGAGGAGCAGGAGCAGCAGCAGCAGGAGGAGGAGCAGGAGCAGGAAGAGGAGCAGGAGGAGGAGGAGGUGGUGGAGGAGGACACAGGCGACCCCACCUGGACUCCACUUGAGGGAGACGCUGACCCGCUGGCCUCCGACUCCCAGCAUGCACCUGUGCGUGUGAAGCUGGAGCCCGACAGCACCAUGUGCGACGUCUGCGGCAAAGUGAUGAAGAACAAGUCGAGCCUGGCGCGACACUCCUUCAUCCACACGGGCAAGAAGCCGUUCGCCUGCCACCUGUGCGAGCUGCAAUUCAACCGCCGCGACAACCUGCAGCACCACCUGAGCCGGCUGCACCCCGGCGGCGUCGCCAAGCUGGAGAAGCAGCGCGAGCCGCAGGCGUGGCUCUGCGCCGUCUGCGGGAAAACCUUCAGCUGCAGGUCCAGGCUGAAGACGCACGAGGUCAUCCACUCGGGCGUGAAGCCGCACCGCUGCGACCUCUGCCCCAAAGCCUACAUGAGGACCAACGACCUGGAGCACCACAAGAAGAUCGUCCACGUGGACGGCGGCGCCGAGCCGCAGCAGCCCAGCUCGCUGCUCUGCGACCUGUGCGGCAAAGAGUUCAAGUGCAGGUCGCAGCUCGCCAUCCACUUCCAGACGCACACGGGGGAGCGGCCGCACCUCUGCGACAUCUGCGGCCGCAAGUUCGGUCGCCAGUACCAGCUGAAGCGCCACAAGAUCCUGGUCCACGCCAACCGGGCCAACGGCGAGGAGAGCCCGCCGGCCGACGCGCCCUUCACCUGCGGCGUCUGCGGGAAGCGUCUGAAGUCCGAAGCGCUCCUCGCCGCUCACUGCAGCGUCCACUCCGCCGACAAGCCGCACCGCUGCGGCAUCUGCGUGCGCAGCUUCCAGCGCGCCGCCUGCCUGAAGCAGCACCACGUGCGCGUCCACCUGAGGGUCCGAGCCAUCGAGGCGCCGCACGGCCUCGCCCGCAGGAAGAGCGCGGCGGCGGCGGCGAAGGCGUUCACCUGCCCGAUCUGCAGCAAGGUGUUCAAGUUCAAGUCCCUGCUGGCGAGCCACUCUCUGAUCCACAGCGAGAACCGGCCGUACGGCUGCGACUUCUGCAGCCGCGGCUUCAGACGCCUCAGCCACCUGAAGAGACACCGCGAGGUCGUCCACGCCAACGGAGCGCGCCCGCCGCAGUCCUUCGUCUGCCACAUCUGCGGCAAAGACAAGAAGUGCCGCUCGCAGCUCGCCAGACACGUCAUCAUCCACACGGGGGAGCGGCCGUUCGCCUGCGACCUCUGCUCCGCGCGCUUCAACCGCCGCGGGAACCUGCAGCAGCACCGGAGGCGCAUGCACGGCGUGGGGAGGGACGCCGCGGAGGAAGCCCCGCCCAUCCUGUUCGACGACGACGCUCUGACUUACAAACAGGAAGAGACGGUGGUGGCCGUGGACGCUGGCGGCUGCGAGGCCGCGGCCAGCGACGACAUGGACGUCGUCCAGCAGCUCGCCGCCACGUGAGCACGCCGUCUGGAGCGGCGUGCAGGACUGAAACGGACCACGUGUCACUGAGAACGCUGGUAGAAACACCUGCACAUUUUCACGAGUUCUGAGGUCGUCUUGAAGAUAAAUUGUGUUGUGAUGCUUUAAUAAAGAUGUGAAUUAUCUGAGAAAUGAUCCAUUUAUCUCUGAACCUCAACACGAAACGUCUGUUUUCUUUGAAAGAUCAUCCACGUUUAUUGUAGAAAGACACUGUUGAAACAGACGUUAUGGUCAGAGUCUGGACUUUCCGACGGUCCUUGAAGGGAUCAUCGGUUAUAAAGAGUGACAGAACGAAGCUUAAAGUGUUGAUAUUUCUCUCAACCUCUUUAUUCGACUCAUGUCAUUUAGAACAACAAAUAAAAUUCUGCACGUUCGUGACACUUUGGG